AUGGAGGUUGUAAUGACCCCGUCACAACUCAGCCUUGUUCAACAGAACCUCUACGCAGAAAUGAAGAACUGCGCCGCAGUUGGGAUCCAUACCCUCCGAAGGACUGGAGAGAGAAUGGAAGACAUCUGCCGCUCGGCUAGUGAGCUAGGAGGACCUGGUGGCCUGAUCGAGUCUAUGAUGAGGUAUCUCGAUCCAAAUCAGCCGGAAGCUCGAGAUCGGCAGCUUAAACGCUACAUAUCGAACUGUAUUGAAAAGUCAACAGGUUCUGUUAACAUCUUGACAGAUGUUAGAAGAGAUUUCGAGGCGUGGAGGGAGCUCACACAGAACAUUCUGGGUUCCUUGAACAAUGAAUACGUGUCAAAUAAGCAGAAACAGAAGACAAACAAGGAUCGACUGAGACAGUGUGAGUUGGAGAGGGUCCAGAAUCAAAAAGAAAUGGAGACAAAGAGGCAGGAAUUGGAAGAGUUUGAGUUACGGAUUGGGAGAGGCUUGAAACUUUUUGAAAAUCUUAUCAACGGAAUACCAAGAGUGGGUGCAGCAUUGACAAGCGCCGCGGCCAUAGGAUUAACGCCACAAGUGGUUCUAUUCACCUGCGUAGGGUUGAGUGUGGAAUAUCUUAUUCUUACAUCUGCGGCACAAGAGAAAACGGCAGCUGUUCAACGCGUGGAACGGGAGGCUUCUGCCUUGAGGGACAUCCUAGAAGACCUUUCCAGUAAAGAUCUGACCAUUGCCCAAGUCGCCAGCAUUGUGAGGCAAGCCCUCGGGCGACUGGAUCAACUGCAACAGCGUGUCAACAUGUUCUUGACAUUGUUGAUCAAGCUUCAGAAGAUGGUCAUCAUCGCAGAUAGCGGGAAGAGCCUCACGCUCGAUCCAGCUACCCACAGGGAAGAACGAGCAGACCCUUAUAUCAAAAAGGAAAUCCUGGAUGGUGCCUAUGCAAUGAAAAUAAGGUUUCUCUUCGUUUCGAAAGUAGCGGAGCUUUACAACGACAUUCAUAAUGACUUGAUCAGUCCCGGGGCUAACUGGCUUGAAACAUUCCGUCCCAACGAGAGUUCGCAGGAAGACAUCAACAAAAAGCUCCCCGAGAUCGAGGACUUGAGGGGGAAAAUCUGCGACUAUACCGAGAAAAUGGCUGCAACGAGGUACAAGGAACUCAGAGAGAGCCUUGAGACCAUGCCCAGGACUUGGGAAGAAUCAGUUGGUAAUGCUAAUACGGGUCGCCGCUGA